AUUCUGUGAAUUCUUUUGUUGUGCCAUGGUACCACUCAGCUUCAUUGCUGAGCUUGUAGACUUUUUCAUCUUUCUACACGUAGGUAUGAGAGAGAAUAAAUAUGGAGCCUAUUUUGGAGAUUACUGAGAUGGAGGUGAUGCGUGGACGUGCACAAAUUUAUUAUUUAACUAAAUGAUUUUAUCACAUGGUGACCACACUGUUGUAAUUUGCAAAUCGCUUCCGUACUAUUUUGAAUAAUUUUACUCUGAUUAGAAGACAUUUUUCAUUUUUAAGGAUAAAAAACACAUAUUUAGCCAAUAUAAUUUUUGGGUUUCUGAGAUAGUGUCCACUGCCAUGGGGCUCUCAAGCUCUAUAAGAUUUUGGGGCGACAAACGGUCCGGUGGGUGUGACUCUCUUAGGGAGCCCCUAGUGAAGAAUGGCAAAGGUGGAGAAGUGAAAUCACUCUGUGGGGAUAAGAAAACAGUCACUCCUUAUAGCAGUGCUACCAUUCUUAGUAGAAUUUCUUACUCAUGGAUGACUCCAAUGGUAUCUCUUGGCUACAAAAGACCAUUGAACCUUGAAGACAUUCCUCAACUUUCUGGCUUGGACAGCAUCAGAAACAUAUUCCCAGUUUUCGCAAAAAAGCUGAAGGAAUUUUCCCCCGGUAGGAAUUCGGUUACAACAUGUAAUCUUGUCAAGGCUUUGGUUUUCACUGUGUGGAAGGACAUCCUGUUGUCUGCUAUAUAUUUACUCAUCCAUAAACUGCCCUCUUACGUCGAAGCCUACCUCAUCAAUGACUUGGUUCAAUUUCUCAAUGCAAGUGGAGAGAGCAAGAAAGAAGGUUACUUCUUGGUCAUCGCAUUCACCAUCGCGAAGCUUUUUGAGUCCCUUGGGAAAACACAGUAUUACUUCAAAGUGCAGCAGGGUGGGUCCAGGCUACGGGCUGCCAUGGUUGCGAUGAUCUAUAGUAAGUGCAUGAGCCUGUCAUGCCAGUCGAAGCAGAGGCAUACAUGUGGAGAGAUGAUCAACUUCAUGAGCGUAGAUGCAGAGAGGAUCGUUGGGUUCGGCUGGUACUUGCACGAUCCGUGGAUUGUGCUUGUGCAAGUGGUUCUUGCAUUUGUGAUCCUCUACAAAAAUCUUGGCCUUGCUUCGGUCGUGCCUCUCCUUUCGACUGUGGUCGUGAUGCUAGCAAACAUCCCUUUGGGGACAUUGCUUGAGAGAUACCAGAAAAAACUUAUGGCAUCCAAGGAUGAUCGCAUGAAGGCAACCUCAGAAGUGUUGCGCAACAUGCGUGUCCUCAAACUUCAAGCUUGGGAGAUGAAGUUUUUGUCCAAAAUCAAUUCCCUGAGGGACACUGAGGUAAGAUGGUUAAGAAGAUACGAAUAUGUUUCGGCUCUGUCGGUUUUUAUCCAUUGGGUUAUUCCCACAUUUGUGUCUGUUGCUACAUUUGGUGCCGCUGUUCUUAUGGGGACACAGCUUGAACCCGGAAAGGUUCUCUCUUCUCUUGCCACAUUUGCGCUGCUGAAGGAGCCUAUUUAUAGGAUCCCAGAUGCAAUUUCAAAGACCGUUCAGGUUAAAGUCUCCCUUGAUCGGAUCGCAUCAUUCCUUUCGCUUGAGGACAUGGAACACGACAUUGUAGAGAAGCAUCAAAAGAGCUGUUCUUCUGAUGUGGCCAUUGACAUUGUAGAUGGGAGCUUCACAUGGGAUGAAUCCUCUCCCACUCCACUUCUAAAAGGCAUAAAUUUGAGAGUGCGCCACGGCAUGAAAGUUGCCAUUUGUGGUCCUGUUUCUUCGGGAAAGUCGAGUUUGUUGUCUUGCAUUUUGGGAGAAAUGUCCAAAAUUUCAGGAAGUGUUAAGAUCUUUGGGACCAUUGCCUAUGUUCCUCAGUCAGCGUGGAUACAGAGUGGGACAAUAGAGGAAAACAUAUUGUUUGGGAUGAAGAUGGAUAGGGAGAAGUAUGACAGAGUUGUUGAGGCAUGUUGCUUAAAGAAAGACUUGGAAGAUAUCCCAUUUGGGGACCAAACAUUCAUAGGCGAGCGAGGCAUCAAUUUGAGUGGUGGACAGAAGCAAAGGGUGCAAAUUGCUCGCGCUUUGUACCAAGAUGUUGACAUCUAUCUCUUCGACGAUCCAUUCAGCGCAGUCGAUGCUCAUACUGGAACUCAUCUCUUCAAUGAGUGUAUACUUGGGCUUCUGGAAUCAAAAGCUGUUGUUUAUGUUACUCAUCAAGUGGAGUUCUUACCUGCCGCGGAUUUGAUCUUGGUUAUGAAAGGGGGGAAGAUUUCAAAGGAAGGGGACUACACAAGCAUCCUCAAAUCAGAAACUGAGUUUAUGGAACUUGUGGGUGCUCACAAGGAAGCACUGUCAUCUAUUGAUUCAUUUGAAGAAAGAGUGCUAACUGUGAAAAAUGAUAACAGUACUACUAUGCAAAACGAAGAGAGUGGUAAAGAUGAUUGCAGCAGCGCGAGACCGAAGGGCCAACUUAUCCAAGACGAAGAGAGAAAGAAAGGCGGCGUGGGUUUCUCAGUUUACUGGACAUAUAUGACAUUGGCUUUUGGUGGGAUUCUUGUGCCCUUCAUAUGUCUGGGGCAAGUACUUUUCCAAGCACUUCAGGUGGGAGGAAACUAUUGGAUGACUUGGGCUACACCUAGGGUUGGAAGCUCUACUACUCUGCUUUCUGUGUAUGCGGUUUUUGCGAUUGCAGGUUCUUUCUGCAUCCUUGCCAGAACCUUGUUGCUAGUCACCGCCGGUUUCAAUACUGCCACAAUGCUCUUUCACAAAAUGCAUUUGUGCAUUUUUCGUGCUCCCAUGUCCUUCUUUGAUGCCACACCCAGCGGGCGUAUUUUAAACCGAGCUUCUACGGAUCAGAGUGCUGUUGAUUUGGACAUCCCCUUUCAAUUAGGGGCAUUCCUCAACGCCAUAGUCGAGCUUUUGGGUGUCAUAGUUGUAAUGUCACUAGUUACAUGGCAGGUCUUUGCUAUAUUCAUUCCUGUCAUUGCCAUAUGCAUCUAUUUUCAGCAACAUUACUUGCCUUCAUCGCGCGAAUUAGCACGGUUGGCUGGUGUUUCUAAGGCCCCAGUCAUACAGCAUUUCGCAGAAACUAUUUCUGGGUUAACUACAAUCCGGGCAUUUGGCCAGGAGCUUGGUUUUUUUAACACAUUUAUGAAGUUAGUGGACGAUCAUUCUCGGCCCAAGUUUCACGGUUUUGUCCCACUGGGAACAAUCGACGCAAGUGAGUGGUGUUUAUCAUCAUAUGUAUAUAAACAUAAAAUGAAAGGAUUCUUACUGAUUCAUCCCUUCCAACAAUCUGCAGCAUUUGCUGUACUAGCAGUGACAUAUGGGCAUAAUUUGAACUCCCAGCUGGUUUUCGUUGCUGUGUAUUUUUACAUGACAGAGAAUCUUAUGGUGUCAGUUGAGAGAAUGACCCAAUACACUUCGGUCUCUAGUGAACCCCCUCUUGUUAGUGAAUCACGCAGGCCAGACAUGAAUUGGCCGCCAAAUGGUGAAAUUGAUAUCAGGAAUCUCAAGGUCCGAUAUGCACCACAGUUGCCUCUUGUUUUACGGGGCAUCACGUGCACUUUGUUAGGAGGAAAGAAAACUGGAGUGGUUGGGAGGACAGGGAGUGGGAAAUCCACACUUAUACAGACUCUCUUUCGCAUUGUCGAACCUGUUGAAGGAGAGAUCUUCAUAGAUGGCAUCAAUGUAUCAUCAAUUGGUCUGCAUGACUUGCGGGCAAAACUCAGUAUAAUCCCUCAAGAUCCAACCAUGUUUGCAGGAACUAUACGGGCAAAUCUAGAUCCACUUGAAGAGUAUACAGAUGGGCAGAUUUGGGAGGCCCUUGAUAAGUGUCAACUGGGAGACGAAGUACGCAAGAAGGAAGCCGGGCUUGAUUCUCCGGUGGCUGAGAAUGGUGAGAAUUGGAGUGUGGGCCAGAGGCAACUGGUGUGUCUGGGGCGGGUGCUACUGAAGAAGAGCAAAAUUCUUGUGCUGGACGAGGCGACAGCAUCUGUUGACACCGCGACAGACAAUUUGAUCCAACAAACAGUGAGGCAAAACUUCUCUUCUUCCACUGUGAUCACAAUUGCACAUAGGAUGACCUCAGUGCUUGACAGUGACAUGGUGCUGCUCUUAAAUAAUGGUUCGUUUCACUUUCUGCUCAUCUUCAUCAACUUAUUAUCUUUUAGUCAAUAAGGGUUCAUUGCUGAAUAUGACACUUCACACAAUUUGCUGCAUGACAAAACAUCGU